GCACCUACAAGCUGGUUUGCCAACCGCCAAUAAACACUAAAGAAGAAGAAGAAGGAAACGGAAGCAGAAGAAGAAGAAGAAGAAAGCGACGAAGACGAAGAAGUAUUUGUUCGGUGGAUGUUUGGCUGUCUGUUAGCUCACAUUCCUCCCCUGAAGCACAGAGAAGCUAACUGAAGCACAAUGACCCGCCAUGGAAAGAACUGCACGGCUGGAGCUGUGUAUACUUACCACGAGAAGAAGAAGGACACAGCGGCGUCUGGUUACGGAACUCAGAGCAUCCGGCUGGGCAAAGAUGCCAUCAAAGACUUCGACUGCUGCUGCCUGUCCCUGCAGCCUUGCCAGGACCCCGUGAUGACCCCAGAUGGUUUCUUGUAUGAGAAACAGGCCAUUCUUGAAUACAUUUUGCACCACAAGACAGAAACUGCCAAAAAGAUGAAGGCGUAUGAGAAGCAGAAGCAGGCGCAGAAGAGCAGCAGCCAGCUGGAGUCCAAGUCCGAGGAGCGCGAGAGGGUGGAGCGGUUCAAAACCAAAGAGAACAGCAUCGUGUCCAAACCCAUCAACCCCUUCACCUCCGGGCAGAACCCGGGUGGAGAGAAGAGCCGGACCAACGCAGCAGAGUCCUCCAGCUCCGCCCCUGUUGCCUCCUCCAGCCAGAGCCUGCCCUGCUUCUGGGUACCCUCCCUGACCCCCCAGUCCAAGCCCACCCUGCUCAAGAAGCCUAGUAAGACUGUGUUGUGUCCCAUGUCAGGACGACCUAUUAAGAUGAAUGAGCUGAUCACGGUGCGCUUCACGGCCCUGGACCCCAGCCUGGACCGAGUGGCCCUGCUCACCCGUCAGGACAGGUAUGUGUGUGCAGUGACCAGAGACGUGCUUGGCAACAGUGUUCCCUGCACUGUCCUGCGGCCCUCGGGGGCUGUGGUGACCCAGGAGUGUGUGGAGAAGCUGAUCAAGAAGGAUAUGCUGGAUCCUCUGAGCGGGGACAAACUGUCCGACAGGGACCUCAUUCCCCUGCAGAGGGGGGGAACGGGCUUCGCAGCCUCCGGGGUGGACCUCCGGGCCAAAGAGGCCCGUCCAGUGAUGAUGGUGUGAGGGGACUUUACUGUUCUUAUUUGAAAUAUCUGCAGGCUUAUCUUUCCUGUUCCUGCAGGUAACAUAGGUAGGCUUUUUUUCUAUCAUACAGUUAAAAACAAUACAUUUGAUAUCAUCUAAAUGACAUUUCUUUCUUUUUUUAACCCCGACCAUGUUUAAAAGACAGAAUUAUUCCGUGGAUUCUAGAUCAUUAGCUUAGUCUGUCUUUCUUCACUUUUCAAACUGAAGCUCUGCAGAAACACUGUACGUCCAUUUUGAGACAUGAGUAGAAUUGUAUGGACAGAUUAUUUUUGAUCAUUGUUUCUCUUGCUGUAAAAAUAAAAUAAAGUCUGUUUCACAAAGGAUUUUCAGCUGUUUAUCAUAAACCCUCCAAAUGUAGUGAUGCUGAGAUAAGUGUGAGACAUUCAGGAACUAUUUGUUCCUUUGUUUAAACUGUUAGCUGUUGUAUGUGAUGGACAUGUCACUGCCACUGUUUUCCAUUAAAUUGAUUAUUAUUCA